AUGGAGCCCCAAAGUCAGCAUGGCAGUGGUGGUUCACUAGUGGUGAUUCAGCAGCCCUCCUUGGACAGCCGGCAGCGACUGGACUAUGAAAGAGAGAGCCAGCCUACAGCUAUCCUGUCACUGGACCAGAUCAAGGUGAUCAGGGGCAGCAAUGAAUACACCGAAGGUCCAUCUGUGGUGAAAAAGUCUGGUCCACGGACAGCACCGAGGCAAGAGAAGCAUGAGAGGACUCAUGAAAUUAUACCAAUUAAUGUGAAUAAUAAUUAUGAACAAAGACCCAGCCACGUGGGGCACUUGGCACAUCAGCAUAACGCAAGGGCUCCUGUGUUGAGCAGAUCAACUAGCACGGGCAGCGCGGCGAGCUCUGGGAGCAACAGCAGUGCUUCCUCAGAGCAAGGGCUGCUGGGCCGGUCACCUCCAUCCAGGCCAGGCUCGGGCCACAGAUCCGAUCGGACAAUCCGGACGCAGCCCAAGCAGUCGUCUCUGAUUGUGGAUGACCUGAAGGGUCCUUUGAAAGAGGACUUGGCGCAGCACAAGUUUAUCUGCGAACAGUGUGGGAAGUGCAAGUGCGGCGAGUGCACAGCCCCGAGGGCCCUCCCUUCUUGCCUGGCCUGCAACCGGCAGUGCUUGUGCUCUGCAGAGAGCAUGGUGGAGUACAGCACCUGCAUGUGUUUGGUCAAAGGGAUCUUCUACCACUGUUCUAACGACGAUGAAGGGGACUCUUACGCGGAUAAUCCCUGCUCUUGUUCCCAGUCGCACUGCUGUUCUAGGUACCUGUGUAUGGGAGCAAUGUCCUUGUUUCUGCCUUGCUUGCUCUGCUACCCUCCUGCAAAAGGAUGCCUAAAACUGUGUCGAGGGUGUUACGACCGCGUCAACCGUCCAGGUUGCCGAUGCAAGAACUCCAACACGGUCUAUUGUAAACUGGAGAGCUGCCCCUCCCAGGGUCAGGGCAAGCCUUCAUGAUUUUUGGAGGGAGGUUUGCUUCCUCCAACUUCAGUUUUUCAGGUUGUAGCUGGUUUUUCUUUUUUUUCUUCUCCCCGCCCCCCACCUCAUUUUGGGGUGGGGGGGUAGCAGUUCUUUCACUUUCGUUUCUGUUUCCCCAACUUCAAAUACACAAAUCCUUCUCUUUGCAUCUUUGUUCUCCUCUUCCUAUUGACUUGGCUGAGUGUGGAGCGUUUUACAUAGUCAUUGCUGCUCUUUGGUAAGUGUGGACCUGGUAUCUGCAUCUGCCGCUUACUUUGGCAGGGUCUUUUGAGUCUGUAACAGAACCACUCCGGAAAGGGACAGUGAGGGCUCGCUCACUGGGCUCUUGAAGCUUCUUGCUCUGUGAAUGUCUUUCCCAAAGAUGUUUUUUUGUUCUCAGCAAUUUUUCUUUUUCCUUAACUCCCUGGGUACCAAGGAAGAAUAACUUUCAUGAGUGAGCUGGAUUUUGAAAUAACUUUUUGUUCGUGUUCUUUCUGGAGAGAGAUGUAAGAUGAAGGCUUUACCAAAUGAAAGACCUGACUCUUCUAUAAGCAGCCUGCUUUUUGUGUUUUCUCCACUUUUCUUCUUCCCCUCCUCUCUUUUUGUCUUCACUUUUGGAACAUUCUCAGUCCUGAGAAUCACCCCACCACCUUUUUUGGUUUUUUUACAUUUUCAAUGUAACUUCAGUUUUUGCUACACUGUGUAGAUCUUCACAGUGGAGGCUUUAUGGCUGCAACAUACUCAUUUGUUUCUUGGUCUGUCAAAUCUUUGAAGGAUAUUGCUCACUCCACCCUUCUACUCCUGUUUUUGUAGCCUAUCAGUAUCAGUUGACAUUAAAAUUGCUGGUGUUCUGUAUCCAAACAGCCUUCAGGUGUCAUUGAGUCACCUACGCAUUCUUGAAUCCUUGUGAUCCUUCAGUUUAGUGAGUUUAGCUCUGCUCUGUACUUCAUAAAUUUAUCCUGUCCCUGUUUUAUUGCCUUAGCCACAAGUUGUGGUCUUUUUUGUAUAUUUUAUGUAUAAAACACAAAGUUGAAUCCCAACUAUUUUUAAGACAAAAGUCUGUUAAAACUUUUUUUAUUGUAAAGAAUAUUUAUUAUGUGAAUCUCUAUUAUUUUAUGAUAUUUAUUGCAAAAGACUUUGAAAAUGUACUCAUGUCUGAAUAUAACAAAAUAUCAAUACUUAACGAAAUAAGGAUGACACGAAGAAAGUACAUAUGUUAACUAUAAUGCAGAAAAUAUAUUAAUUAAUGAAAA